UUUAGAGUUUUUGGAAGGGAAAUUUUUAACAAACGAUGGACAAGCCGGCGGAAACAUCGGACACAUCCGACACGACUACUGAUAGUGCAAUGAGCACCAACGUAAGAAACCCCCCGGAGCAUCCAGAAACCCGAGAACCACCACAACGCCGCAAAUCGACGUAUCAACGGCGCAACCGGCUGCUGGAUGAAAACUCCAAAUUUCUGGCCGAUUUUGACCCGGGAACGUCGCGCCGCGAAAAGCGGAAGUUGGCCCGGACCAUUUGCCUGACCGCACCGAAGCCCCAACCAGUCGGGAAGUGCAACAGCCUUUACAACGAGAAAGGGCGUCUGCGAGAAAGCCAGCUGGACAUGUGUGAUUGUCUCGAUCUUGACUGUCCAGGGUGUCAUUUCCCGUGCGGAGCGUGCGGAAGCGAAAAAUGUGGACCCCACUGCCGCCGGAACCGUCGGUGGGCGUACGAGCAGAUUGAGCACGAUUCCAAAUCGAAGGUCUUAGUGAACACGCGGCUGGAGAAAAAUAAGUACACUAUGGCCAAAAAGUAAUACGACCCCGUACUGUUUGCUGUGUAGAUUUAGUUUUAUUAUUUUGGUUUAAG